AUGGAAAGCGACUUUAGAGUGGCAAUCUGCACAACGGGGCUGAUUUUUCUCGUUUUAUUUUGCUCUGUUGCAUCUGUCGCUAAUGGUUUACUCCUCGUUGUUCUGUACAAAGAUCCCUCAAGAUGCUUCAGGAAGCCUAUAGUGGUGUACAUAGCCGCUCUAGCGCUGAUGGACUUUUUGAGUGGAAGUGUGACAGGAAUUUGUGUUAUCUACAAUUAUAUUUUGUGCGCACUUGGAAAAGAGAAUUCUUCCUCACUGGAAGGUACAAUGUUCGCAGCAGUUUUCGCUGGGUUCACAAUUUGUACGGCAAAUAUGUUAGCGUUGUUGCUGUCUUGUGAGAGGCUCUUUGCUGUAGCUUUUCCAAUCGACUAUCGGCAAAAGUCCACGGUACGGAGAGGUGUCAUUGCUGUGGCAGCCGUGGUGGUUUACUCUCUUACCUUCAGUUUAUCAAAUUUAGCGGGGUCUAAUUGGAGGAGUACACCUUUACGCUUUCACUUGACUGUUACUGCACCCUUCUUGGCAUUGAUCGCUGUAAAUAUAGCGCUUGUUAUGGUAAUAAGACUGCACAACAGGAAAACAGAAUGUCUGUUGGAAGGUUCUGUAAGGCUAUCAAAUUACUCUGGUGUUGAAUCAAAACGUAGACAGAGAGAGAAGACUUUGGCAGUCACCACACAACUGAUAGUGUUUUGUUUUGUAACAUCUCUACUUCCUUAUCUCAUCUUUAAACUAAUAGAUCUCUAUUUGCCCGAAUACAGAGAGCAGGAUUGGUUUUUCGCCGGUGUAAGAUUUUUCCUCCCGUUCGUUUAUCUAAACCCCGCAGCCAACCCUCUGAUAUUCAACUUCAGACUUGCGCACUUCCGGCGGGCGUUCAGACUCGUUUUCAUGUCACGCUUUGAGCCACGUGAUAGGCACCUUCAGCUGAAGGUCAUACAGUGCAGUUCCUCUGAAAGGUCACCUGACAUCUAA